GCAUAUCAUAAUUUAAUAUUUAGCAGUUAUGGCUUGGAACCAAAGGAAUAAUUAUUUCUUAAUCGUUCUGCCUUUAGGGGGUUCUUUUCACGUUUCUGAGGAAAAAAGGAAGUCUUUGGUCACUGGGGAAGUUGCAGUAGAAGAAUGAAUGCAAGGAGCCAUCAGAUGCUUCUUGGUUAAGACCGUAACAGUAAAACUGCAUCGUUGCUCGUAUUGGAAAAUUUAGUGCAUGUGCAGGAUAGAAUUGCCACAGGGAGGUUCCUCUGCAGCUGCCAGAGGCAUUUGAAAAAGGUGUGCUAUAACCCUCUGAUAUCUCAAAAUGCCAUUAGUGAAAAGAAACAUAGACCCCAGGCACCUGUGUCACACAGCUCUGCCCAGAGGCAUCAAGAAUGAACUGGAAUGUGUCACCAAUAUCUCCUUGGCAAAUAUAAUUAGACAACUGAGUAGUCUAAGUAAAUAUGCUGAAGAUAUAUUUGGUGAGCUUUUUAAUGAAGCACACAGUUUCUCCUUCAGGGUUAACUCCUUACAAGAACGUGUGGACCGUUUAUCUGUCAGUGUUACACAACUUGACCCAAAGGAAGAAGAAUUAUCACUGCAAGAUAUUACAAUGAGAAAAGCUUUCCGGAGUUCCACAAUUCAAGAUCAGCAGUUGUUUGACCGCAAGACUCUGCCUAUUCCUUUGCAGGAAACUUAUGACACUUGUGAACAACCUCCUCCACUCAACAUACUCACCCCUUACAGAGAUGAUGGAAAAGAAGGUUUGAAGUUUUACACCAAUCCUUCCUAUUUCUUUGAUCUAUGGAAGGAAAAGAUGUUGCAGGACACUGAGGACAAAAGAAAGGAAAAGAGAAAGCAGAAGCAGAAGAAUCUAGAUCGCCCCCAUGAACUGGAAAAAGUGCCCAGAGCGCCUCAUGACAGACGGCGAGAGUGGCAGAAGUUAGCCCAAGGUCCAGAGCUUGCAGAGGAUGAUGCUAAUCUCUUACAUAAGCACAUUGAAGUUGUUAAUGGCCCAGCCUCACAUUUUGACUCAAGACCUCAGCCAUAUGUGGAUCAUAUGGAUGGAUCUUAUUCCCUUUCUGCAUUACCCUAGACCAGAGCUGAGGAAAGAGGGUUGGUCAGACCACAUGAGCCACCACCCCCUCCACCAAUGCAUGGAACAGGAGAUGUGAAACCCAUACCUCCUUGUAUUAGCUCCACCACAGGUUUGAUAGAAAAUCGUCCUCAAUCACCAGUAACAGGCAGGACCCCAGUGUUUGUGAGCCCCACACCCCCUCCUCCUCCACCUCCUCCUCUUCCAUCUGCUUUGUCAACUUCUUCCCUGAGAGCUGCAAUGACUUCCACUCCUCCCCCACCCAUACCACCACCACCACCACCUCCAGCAGCUGUUUUGCAAGCACCAGCAGUGCCACCUCCACCAGCUCCUCUCCAGAUUGCUCCUGGAGUUCUUCAUCCAGCUCCUCCUCCAAUUGCACCACCUCUGGCACAGCCUUCUCCUCCAGCCACUAGAGCUGCCCAAGUAUGUGAAACUGUACCAGUUCAGCCAGUUCCACAAGGUGAAAUGCAAGGACUUCCUCCACCCCCACCACCCCCUCCAUUACCUCCACCUGGCAUUCGACCCUCAUCUCCUGUCACAGUUGCAGCCCUCUCACACCCUCCUGCAGCUAUUGUUCCUGGUCCUCAUGCUCCACUAAUGCCUCCAUCUCCACCAUCUCAAGUGAUUCCUGCUCCUGAACCCAAACGUCACCCAUCAACUCUACCUGUAAUCAGUGAUGCCAGAAGCGUUCUACUGGAAGCAAUACGAAAAGGUAUUCAGCUACGCAAAGUCGAAGAACAGCGUGAACAAGAAGCUAAACAUGAGCGCAUUGAGAAUGAUGUUGCCACUAUAUUGUCUCGUCGCAUUGCUGUGGAAUACAGUGAUUCAGAAGAUGAUUCAGAGUUUGAUGAAGUGGAUUGGUUGGAGUAAAAUAGAUACAUUGCUAUACACUGAAUGCUAAUGUUCAUUGUGGUGAUUGUUCUUUGAAAACAUUUGAUGGUCAUUUCUAGUGUUUUUUGUAUUUUUUCCUUUACACUACACAUCAUUAAUCUAUGUUUUUCUACUUUUCAGUUUACAAGAAAACUACUAUGUUUGAAACUAAAUGU